AACUUACUAAGUUGUGUUUAGGGACAUAGUACACAGUGGGAGUGUGUUGCGUUUAGGGAUAAUGGUGUAAGGAUUUGGUUUAUGAUGUUUUUUGAUGUCGACAUUUCUCGUCAGUGGACUUUCUUGUAGAGAGGGGACGGCCAGCUUGCAAACGCAGUAGUGAGAGCUGGAUCCUCCUUCCCAAUUCCAAAUGUUUAUUUUGUGUUGAAGUCAUGAAUAACGUCAACAUCACCCGAGAUAUCCUGCACAGGCAGAUCCAGGAGAAGAGAGUGUCAGGCUUUCAGAGGUCCUAUCAUGUGACCGACCCCUUCAUCAAGAGACUUGGCCUGGAGGCUGAGCUUCAGGGACACACAGGCUGCGUGAACUGUUUGGAAUGGAAUGAACAUGGAGAUCUACUGGCCUCAGGCUCGGAUGAUCAACAUGCGAUCAUCUGGGAUCCAUUCAGACUCAAAAAGCUUACUACUAUGCACACAGGCCAUGCAGCAAACAUAUUCUCUGUUAAGUUCCUCCCGCACUCAGGAGACAGAAUUUUGGUAACUGGUGCUGCGGACACUAAGGUCCACGUGCAUGACCUGACAGCGAAGGAAACCAUCCAUAUGUUUUCUGAUCAUACCAACAGGGUCAAACGCAUCGCAACCGCGCCCAUGUGGCCCAACACCUUCUGGAGCGCUGCAGAGGAUGGCAUCAUCAGACAGUACGAUUUGCGGGAGAGCAGUAAACGCUCUGAGGUGCUGAUUGACCUAACAAAGUUCUGUGGGCGCUUUGUGGAGGCCAAAUGUUUGGCUGUCAAUCCACGGGACAACAACUACAUGGCCGUUGGGGCCAACGGUCCCUUUGUACGUCUCUAUGACAUUCGGAUGAUUCAAAACUGUAGAAAAUCACUAAACCGAUGGAAGCAAUCUGCUGUGCGCACGUUCCUUGAAAAUCAGAGGCCCAUCCCGGACAAUGCUGUGCAGUAUUACGUUGCAGGUCACCUGCCGGAGAAACUGAUGCACUACAAUAACCGCUUGAGGGUCUUGGUGGUCACUUAUGUCACGUUUAGUCCAGAUGGAACUGAGCUACUUGUCAACAUGGGCGGGGAACAGGUUUAUCUGUUUGACUUGACGUGUAAACAAACACCAUACACAUUGCUGCUUCCAGAAACGUGCCAACCAUCAACAGGAGAUGUGCAGAAUGGGAAGACAACCAACGGUGUCCAUAAUAGCAAGAUACAACUUAGCUGUUGCAGCUUCUCUGAUCUUCCUCCACAUUUGGAAAAGAUCAAACAACAAGCAAAUGAUGCGUUUGCACGGCAGCAUUGGACGCAGGCCAUCCAACUGUAUAGUUUAGGAAUUAAUCAUUCCAGCUGCAACGCCAUUCUCUACGGAAACCGGGCUGCAGCCUACAUGAAGCGGAAAUGGGAUGGAGACCACUAUGACGCACUCAAGGAUUGUUUGAAGGCACUGACGCUAAACCCGGAUCAUCUGAAGGCUCAUUUCAGACUUGCACGGUGUCUAUUUGAGCUCAAGUAUGUGUCUAAAGCACUGAAAUGCCUCAACGAUUUCAAAGAAAAAUUUCCAGAGCAAGCCCACAGCACUGCGUGUGAUGCUUUGGAUAAGGAUAUCAAGGCCUUCUCAAACACAAAAUCAGCAGAAGAUGAUUCCAACAGCUCCCUCCGAUUCCAUUCAAUUAGUCAGUUGGACCCCAUCCCCAUGGAUGAGUUUGUUUUUCGAGAGCAAAGCUUGGACUAUAAGCACAGAUACUGUGGUCACUGCAACACCACCACGGAUAUAAAAGAAGCCAACUUCUUUGGAAGCAAAGGCCAGUACAUCGUCAGCGGGUCAGACGAUGGCUCGUUCUUUAUCUGGGAAAAGGAGACAACAAAUCUGGUGCGUAUCAUGCAAGGGGACGAGUCCAUAGUCAACUGUUUGCAGCCUCACCCGACCUGCUGCUUCCUGGCCUCGAGUGGUAUUGACCCUGUGGUCCGAUUAUGGAACCCUAGACCAGAGACCGAGAGCGAAAAUGGCCGAGUGGUAGAGGACAUGGAAGGUGCAGCUCAGGCCAACCAGCGGCGAAUGAACGCGGAUCCACUGGAGGUUAUGCUGCUCAACAUGGGCUAUCGUACCGCAGGAUUGCGUGGCGUAGGCCCAGAUGGUUCUGAUGAUGAGGACACCUCAGAUGGACAAAUGCAAUGUAGACCAAGCUAAAACGAGCUGAUGGCCAUUCUGUAGAAUGGAAGUAGUAAGCAAAGCGCUGUGCCCCGUUUGUUUGAGCCCCAAUUUGCCCUCCUUUCUAUCACACUGUAGCCUCUCAACUCACUCUGUGUUGCCAGGCAGACACCUCGCACAUCUCCCCCAGUUUGUCACACAGAUGGGCAAGUUCUGCACUGCUCCCUGAGGUUUAUGUUGGGUGUCAGAGGAGAGGUGCCCACUUACCUAUUUUGAACAUUUAAAAAAAUAUCCUGCCGACAAGAAAAACUGGUUGCAACUUUGAACAAACCUUGUAGCAAACAGUAUGAAAAACAGUUCUUGACCAAAAAUAUAAAACAAUAAAAUCAACAGUAAGUGCAUUGGUAACUGGGCCUUGAAAAAAAUGUCAAUCCAUACAAUCAUAAACCGAGAACCUCCCUUCCAAAGUUUUUGAUGGUUUUUUUUUUUUGUCCAAGAAGUGUAGCUUUUCCUUCUUGUCUCCGUCACUCAUUAAUUCAUUCCUUUGUUUCCUGAUAGACCGAGAGCGAAAAUGGCCGAGUGGUAGAGGACAUGGAAGGUGCAGCUCAGGCCAACCAGCGGCGAAUGAACGCGGAUCCACUGGAGGUUAUGCUGCUCAACAUGGGCUAUCGUACCGCAGGAUUGCGUGGCGUAGGCCCAGAUGGUUCUGAUGAUGAGGACAGCUCAGAUGGACAAGUGCAAUGUAGACCAAGCUAAGGCGAGCUGAUGGCCAUUCUGUAGAAAUGGAAGUAGUAAGCAAAGCUCUGUGCCCGUUUCUGAUUGAGCCCUAAUUUGCCCUCGUUUCUAUUACACGAUAGCCUCUCUCAACUUAAUCUGUGUUGCCACGCAGACACCUCGCACAUCUCCCCCAGUUUGUCACACAGAUGGGCAAGUUCUGCACUUCUCCCUCAGGUUUAUGUUGGGUGUCAAAGGAGAGGUGCCCAAUUACCUAUUUUCAGGUUACUGUGGCCCUGCAGCGGCACUGACCUUGUUGGAGGAUCAUGUCACAGUUGAAGGGUGCACACAUCUCAGAAAGGACGUACAAUCGGCUUGUUGCCUAGAGUCUUGACUUUUCAAUUGGAGUUCUCGAAGCCUGCAAUGAAAUGUCAUUCUUCAUCUAAUGAAAGUUGCAUGUCGCAAGGAUAUGGAUGAGCUUUGUUUGGUUAACAAGCUUGUAAGAAUUGUCUUCUGCCAAAGUUUUCCCUCCAUCAGUCAAAUGGCCAAGGAUUUGUGUUUGUUUAAUCCCAAAAAUGGGACGUUUCAUAUAAUUCAUUCAGCCAGAGACAGUUCAUUUAGACAAUUAAGUAGGUUAAUUGAACCUACUUAGUUAAUUUUCCAUUUGAAGUCCUCUUGAUUUCAAAUGCAAUUUAGUGUGAAAAUAUUUUUUGUUUGUUGAAAGUGGACACAUGCUUUGAGGCUGUGAUGAGUAUGCACCAAGUAUUUGAUAACAACUGCUGCGUGUCGCUAGCUCUCAUCCUUGGCUACUCUACACUUCGAUGCUCUAAAGUGAAUAAAUGUUAACAUAUGCAAAAGUAGGCUUACAUGUGUUUUACUUUGUUCAUCGAGUUCACCUAUUUCUUUUUGAGUCAUUAUGAUACUGUUUGCUGGAAUCACAGACACAAACUUUAAAUAAUAAAAUAACAGAAAUCUU